AUGUCGCAAACUCACGCCAUGUCCGACGACCAGGUCGCCUCGGAGCUGCGCAAGAUGACUGCCUUCAUCCGUCAAGAAGCCCUGGAAAAGGCCCGCGAGAUCCACCUCAAGGCCGACGAGGAGUUUGCCAUUGAGAAGUCGCAGCUCGUGCGCAACGACACUCAGUCCAUCGACUCGCAGUACGAGAAGAAGUUCAAGCAGGCCGCCAUGUCCCAACAAAUCACAAAGUCUACCCUUUCCAACAAGACGAGACUGCGCCUGCUGAGCGCCCGCCAGGAGUUGCUCGACGACUUGUUUGAGCAAGCCAACAACAAGCUCGCCGACAUUACCACCGACGAGGCCAAGUACCAGGACAUCCUCAAGAACCUCAUCCUCGAGGGUCUCUACGCUUUGAACGAAUCAAAGGUUUCCGUCCGUUGCAGGUCAAAGGACGACGCCGUUGUUCGCAAGGCUGCCGAUGCUGCCCAGGAAGAGUACAAGGACAAGAUGAACGGCCGCGAGACUGAAAUCAAGAUUGACGAAAAGGACAAGCUGCCGGAAGAGACAUCCGGUGGUGUCACCAUCGUCAACUCUACCGGUAGAAUUGACAUCAACAACACCUUCGAGGAGCGUCUUCGUCUGCUCCAAACCGAGUCUCUUCCCAGCGUGCGAGCCACCCUCUUCGGCGAGAACAAGAACAGAAAGUUCAAGGAUUGA